AUGCAUGUCGAGGGCUCUCGUCUUUGCCCACGCCCCAUUCCCCGCACUAGGUGUGCAUCACUGCGUGCCACGUCGUCUGCUUGUGCGACGGUUGUGGCGCGUAGAACGAGGACUCGGAAUGGGUGCUGGGAAACGCGAUGCUCCGGGUUGGGUAUUCGCUGGAAUGGCUUGCGCUAUUCGUCGCGCACACCCAUGCACCAGCGGGCACCGAUACAGACUCUCAACAACAGCAGCUACGCCACCAUUCCACAGGAAAACCGGUACGCUGAGCGAUGGCUGCUGGAUUCGCAAACGCAACACGCUGGUGUUUGCCCUGCAUACAAGAACGGGCCACCAAAGGUUUGUUGCCGUGGGAGGUCGGACCCUCACCCCCGCGAAGAUGCGCUCCCGAACCCUGCUCGGUUCGCUCGAACGCGGAUGCUCCCGGGCGCCUCUCCCUGCCUGGUGGAACCCGAGUUUUGCGGCGUCACCAGCCGAGACCUGCUCGGUCCGCUGUUGCUGGUGCUCCGGCCCAGACACACAGGCCGCCUCCUACCCCGCACAUCCCCCAUUGCGUCCCACCCGCCGCUGACGGGACCCAUCGUCACUCCGGGUGACCGUUGCUCCCAGCCUAACAGCGGCUUCCCCAUGCCACCCGUACGACGCAAGCCGGCGUCCACGCGCGUGGGCGAUCUUCUUUCCGACGUCGGUGGCGGCUGAGUGGGGGUCAUGGACUCCAGCACUCUCGCCAGUUGCGACUCUUGCUUCUCGCAAACGUCGCAGACUCCAUCUCUCAUGGUGUUGACGGUUGCUCCUCGUGAAAACGGGCGAUUUGCGCAAUUCAACAACCGCAGCAAGGCGGCCAAGUCUUUGCACCUCAAAUGUACCAGAGCCGCAGCCCGCCGCGACGCACGCGCGACCGACGCAAACAGCUACACGCGC